AUGCUCCGCCGACGAUAUCGGCCGGGCUGGAAACCGUCCUGGCACGGCAGACAAGUUAUGAGCUUUGAGGUCGAGGACGGUCAAACCCCGUCCUGGCGUUUGGUGCUGGACGCAGUUCGCAUCGCUGAUCGUAUACCAGUCAUGCUCAAGGGCGUAGAGAAGUCAGUCUGUCCGCACGAAGUGGAGAUUACGACCAUGCUCGGCUCGCCCCCUCUGUCGUCUGAUCCUCGAAAUCACUGCCCCGCUGUUUUCGAGGUUCUGCAAGUGCCCGACGACGACGACAUACAAAUCAUGGUUAUGCCGCUCUUGCGUCGCCAUAAUACCCCACGCUUCGAGACGGUUGGCGAGGCACUAGCUUGUAUACAUCAAAUUGCUGAGUGCGUCCAGUUCUUGCACGAAAGCAAAAUUGCCCAUCGAGAUAUCCACGUGCUUAAUAUCAUGAUGGACGCUGCUCCCAUAAGCGAUGUCCUUUUCCAUCCUCUCGAUCAGCGCAUACGGCGGGACUUCAGAGGCAGAUGGCAUGCCUCCUGCACGCGCACUGAACAGCCUGUCAAGUACUUCCUUAUCGACUUUGGCUCGGCCGUACGUUACGAUUCUGUUGAUCCACCUCCUAUGGAGAUGCCUCUCCUUGGAGGCGACCGAUCCGUCCCAGAGUUCGUUGGUGACGACCCGUCUCAGCCGUUUUCGGGUCUGAGCAAAAGACACAAUCCUUUCCCCACCGACGUCUACUGCCUGGGCAAUUGGAUGCGCGAGGAAUUUCUGGAUGGCAUGAGGAUGCCAAUCAGCGGUGGUUCUGUUAUACAAUCAAGACGGAUAGGCAUGGAGUUUCUUCGCCCACUCAUUGACGACAUGAUUCAGGCAGACCCGUCCAAGCGACCGUCUAUGGACCAGGUCGUCGAACGACUCAAGUCCAUCACUGGGUCGCUUUCUUCGUGGAAGCUGCGAUCUCGGCUGGCGAAGGCGGGAGACCAUCCCCUGCACCGUCUCUACCUUUCUCUGACUCAUUGGAUCCGCUGUGUUCGGCUUGUGACCUUGAAGCGGCCGGCCAUUCCUUUGUAUGCCCAGAAGUCGGAAUGA